GUGCCAAACACAAAUAUCUCAAAAAAAUGCACCUUUCUCCCUGGAGGUAAUGUCUGGCUAAGGUUUUCUCCAUUUGCAAUCUUUUAAAUCUUUUAAUUGUCUUAGAAAACAGUUCCUUACACAGUAGGUAACUGCUAUAUUUUCUAUUAAUUUUUUUUUUUUUUUCAGAUCUGUUAAAAUUAUUUGCUCUGUAAUGAAUGUCUCAACCAUUCCUCAAGAGAUGCAUUACCAGAAGUGUAUCCAUAAUUGCGUUAUUCUCUUUUAUAGUAAGGCUCCAAAAGGCCAAUAACUUACAGGGGUUUAAGGGUAGAUUCAAAUAACUGUUCUGGCUGUUACAAAAUAAGAUAUUAGUGCUUAUUUGUUUAUUAAACGCUUUCUUGCUGGGCUGUUGGUGAAUUUGUUGUAACCCAUUUUGCCUCUCCUCCUCAGCUCAAAGUUCUCCACUAAAAUUCCCUUGUCAACAGCGUUCCUGAAGCUGCAUGUACGCAGGGUAUCUCAGAUGAGAUUAGCAGUUUGCUCAUGUCUAAACAGAGAAAACACUCCCUGCUCAUCUCUUCCUGUAGACUUGGCAGAGGAAACACCAAUGGUGACCCUCAAAAUACAAGGCAGGACACACAAAAUUUGUUGCUUUUGGUGUUCCUCCCCCGCUGGCCCUACCUUCCAAAGCGUUCAGGCUUCUCAGAGGAUUCCCCCAUGCUUCCACAAGGGUGCCCCAGACAAUGGGCACUGGAGGAGGUUGGAGUCAGUAGCAGAGGAAGCCUCCACCCUUUCACUGAAUUUGGGGCAUACCACAGAAAGAAGCAGAAAACUGGUUGAAGGAGAAGAGAGAAGGAGGCUGAGCAUGCUCACACAGCCUGGCCACAAGCAAACUUCCAAAGAAACAUUCCCACUUCAAUGCAUGAAUGAGUCGGCCAUUGAAAAUUUCUCCUGUGUGAUUUAUAACAUUUGCCUCAUGAACUGCACUUGGCAGGCAGGAAGGGGUGCUCCAGCAGAUACACAGUAUUUUCUCUACUGGCAGAACUCAAGAGAUGAUGGGCAGAUGGAAUGUGAGCUUUACAUUAAAGAUGAAAACGGCAGAAACAUGGGAUGUAGAUUCCAAAACGUGAGGAUAGAGAUUGAAAAAGCUUACUUCCUGGUUAAUGGGUCUAGCAAAGACUCCCUGAUCCAGUUCUAUGAUGAGUACAUUGAACUGUAUAAAAUUGAAAUACUCGGUGCUCCAUUAAAUGUCACUGCCCAUUGUACUGGAGAUCCAGCGGGUUGCAUAAUUACAUGGCAUCCACCCCUUACAAGUCAUGUGAAAAAAGUGAAGUGUUUUCAGUAUGAAAUUAACAUACAAAACAAGGAUGAGCCCAAAGAAGAGAAAAAGGUUGUAAGGAAUGAGAGAUACGAAUUCCAAAAUUACAAUGAGAAAAAACGAUACAUUCUGAAAAUCAGAGCACGUGGACCAAAAUGUCUCGUAAGCUCAAAGUGGGGGGAAUGGAGUGAACCCAUUGAGUUUGGUCAAGGGAAAGAUUACUUUAUUUUUGUGAUUUUAUUUCUAAUAGCACUUGGAACAAUAUCAGUGACAGUGCUCCUGUAUUGUCUUUUCAAAAGGUAAAUCAACCUUUUUUUCUGUAGAUACUAUUGAUAUAGUAUUAUCUCUAUGAAACACAUUCCUUCAAUCUCCUACUUUCCUACCUGCAAACUUAAAUAAUCUGAUUAUCAAUGUCAAAAUGUAUUAUCGCCAGUAUUGUUGUGGAUGGCCCUUUGGCACACAAAAUCACUACAAGUGAAAAAUGGGGAAAGGAUAUUGAAGUUACUAAGUGGAUCCUGGAUUCCACCAGAUCCUACAAAAGCUAUUGUGUUCUUACUUUUAAGCAUUUAAUAUCCAGGUUGCUUUGAAGCCACUGGCUGGAUACAGUACCAGACAAGAGGGAAUCUGGACAAAUUAACGCAUUGUUAUUUUGAUAAAACUUCUCACUCAGUGGUUAAAGACAGUUAUGCCAUGUGAUUUAUUCAAAGUCAUUGAUUAAUAAAGUAUUUAUUGUGACUCUCAUCACAAAAUAAAUUUUAGUUUACCCAAGUGAUAAGUAUACUAAUAGUUACCCACCAGUUAACCCACUCAAAAUAUUUUUUUCACUUAAUUUGUAGAGCAAUAGCUAUUCAAUCUUGAAAAUAAAGAACGUCCUUAAAUUACAACACACAAUGUUUGUGUAAGUUAUAUUACCAGUAUUUUAAAUUUCUCCACAAUGCCAUUUUCUAUCCAAAGGUAUUGCAGUUUCAAGAACAUACUUCCUCCUAUACCACAACCGAGAGACAAAUUUAAUGCAUUAACCAGUGAAGAUAUCCAGGUAUGGUUUCUUUUCAAUUCAGUCAAAUUUGUUAACUCUAAUCCACAACAGGCCAAAGACUAGAACUG